CUCCAUUUUGUCAUUUUCACCCCCCCAAAAUUUAAAAAUCCAAUACUUAUAUCCCCUCCCAAGAUUCUUCCCAUUCAUCCCCAAAUCAUCAAAAAUGUCAAGAACUCCUACCAUAGAUUCUUGUACAGUGGAAACCAGUGAUGGGGUCAAGCUCCAUGCCACAAUUUUCAAACCAAACCCAUAUGAAGAUGAAGAAGAAGAAGCAGUAGGUGAAGAAAUAAGCAAAAAUAGCUCAUGGGUUGUGGUUUUGGUUCAUCCAUAUUCAAUAUUAGGUGGUCGUCAAAGUCUAUUGAGAGGAAUAGCAAGUGGGUUAUCAAGAAAAGGGUAUAAAGUUUUGACCUUUGAUAUGAGAGGUGUUGGAAGAUCAACUGGGAGGCCUUCUAUUACUGGUUUUAAGGAAAUUGAGGAUGUGGUAGCUGUUUGUAAAUGGGCUUGUGAAAAUCUAUCUGUCAACAAGAUUUUGUUGGUGGGUUCUUCUGCAGGUUCACCAAUAGCAGGCUCUGCUGUAGAUCAGGUUGAACAGAUUGUGGGCUAUGUAAGUAUUGGUUACCCUUUUGGUUUAUUGGCAUCGAUCCUCUUUGGGCGACAUCACAAAAACAUAUUAAAGUCGCCUAAACCAAAGCUCUUCAUCAUGGGGACACAAGACGGAUUCACCACUGUUAAACAACUGAACAACAAGCUUAGAUCUGCAGCAGGACGUGUCGAGACUCAUCUUAUUGAAGGUAUUGGCCACUUUGAGUUGGAAGGCCCUGCCUAUGAUUCCCAGAUGGUAAUUUUUAUUGCAGAAUUCAUCAACUCUUUGUAGUCCUCAAGAUGCUGGCGUUGCAGGGGAAGAAUUUACGACAUAAUGUGAUUCCCUACAAACGACAUCCUAUCUUCUACACGCAGUGUUGCAAUUGGCAGUGUUAGGCAAUAUCAUAAACUGGUGCUUUCUAGCUGGUCUCCAAAUGACAAAUGAGAAGGGUGGAGUUGGGGUUGAUUUUGUGUGUGCGCUGGGGGGAGGGGGGGGGGGGGAGUUUGUGGAGACGAAAUUCACUAUAUAUGUACAUAUAAUAAACUAUGAAGUAUGAACUUAGUGAUAAGCGAAUCUUGGCUGCCUCAGAGGGUGUUACUACUUUGAUGAUUCUAAGUUUUAUAUUUUAACUGGAUUGUCAUUUGA